AUGUUUGAUAAAGUAUUUGCCCCCCAGCAGAACCCCACUGUGGUGAUGGAGGAUCUACGUCUGUGCACGGCUGAACACUAUAAGAGCAUCGGAUGCCGUUUCUGCUUUAAGGUGGUUUCACCUACAAAGAAAUGUGUAUUACAGGCUGAUUCAGAGGAGAGAAGAGAGGCCUGGAUCAGAACUAUUCAGAACAUCGUCGUUAAAACUGAUGAUAACAGAAGAGACGACUCCGAGGCCGAGAGCAAGACUUCAGUCCAGAGGAGCAGCUCUCCUUCUAAAGUUCUGACCAGAUUCACAGCUUUUAUAGAACGAAUCUUCUCUACUGUUGGCGAGAUUGUACUCGAACCUGCUGCCGAGUACGAUUCCUUCUCCGAUGCGUCUCUACUGCACAGUGUCGAGAUUGCCGGAGCUAGAGUCGGACGGACGCCACAUAUCAGAGAAAGCCUGGAGCAGGAACUGAGCACGUUCUCCAGCUACUCCAUCCACACAGAGGACUUUGAUAGACGGUACCGAGUGGGAAAGCUCUUGGGGAAAGGCGGCUGUGGUUCGGUCUUCGCAGGACUCCGGAAGACUGAUGGACAAGAGGUCGCUGUGAAGAUUGUGCUGAAGACAACCUGCGACGAACUCAUCACCAUCGACGAACUCAUCACCAUCCCUGGAGAGAAGAACAGCCUCCCAAAAGAGGUGGCGUUUAGGCUGAUGGCGUCCAAGCCACCUCGCUGUGAACACGUCCUAGAGCUUCUGGAAUGGUUCGACACUCCAGAGUGUUACGUCCUAAUCCUGGAGCGACCCGUCCUCUGCAUGAACCUCUUCGAGUACCGCAGAGACGACGCCCUUCCUGAACGUCUGGCUCAGAUCAUCAUGUGGCAGGUGGUUCUCGCUGCACGUCACUGCCAGGAUCGCGGGGUUCUUCACCGAGACAUCAAGGAGGGGAACCUGCUGGUGUGUUUGGACAGUUUAGAAGUGAAGCUCAUUGAUUUUGGGUGUGGGGACUUGCUCAAGUCGAGCCCCUACAGGGGAUUUUCAGGCACCUUGUUAUACGCCCCACCUGAAUGGUUCAAGCGAGGUAAGUAUCAUGGCUGCACUGCAACAGUCUGGAGUCUGGGGAUCUUACUGUUCGUUUUAGUGUGUGGAGAGAUGCCGUUCUGGAACGAGAGGGAGAUCACUGCUGGACACCUGAAGUUCAAACCUGGUGUGUCUAAGGCCUGCCGUCAUCUGAUCAGGAGCUGCCUCAGCAAGAAUCCAAAGAAGCGGCCCAGCCUCGAGAAGAUCCUGGAGCACCACUGGUUUCCAGAGAGCCUCAAGAACUAAGUCCAGGCACCUGUAGCGUUUUAGCAGACGGAUCAUAGCACCACAGCACAGGUCUGCUACAAGAACCAGAUCCAGAGAACUUCAGCUGAGGUUCAGAUCACCUCAAUUCCUCAGCACCAUCAGUGUACCAUCACAGUACCAUCAGUGCACCAUCAGAACACCAUCAAUUCACGAUCAGAACACCAUCAGUGCACGAUCAGAACACCAUCAGCGCACGAUCAGAGUACCACCAGUGCAUGAUCAGAGAACCAUCAGUGCACGAUCAGAUUACCACCAGUGCACCAUCACAGUACCACCAGUGUACCACAAAGUCAGAUCAGAAAGAAACGAGUCUAACCUACUGGCAGAAGUAACCAGAUGUGGGCACCUUGAUACCUGGCAGGAAACGGAACACAGCCCUAAAACGUCACUGAGUCGCCACAACGAUCUACAGUCAACAACCUCGUCUGUCCUGUCCAGUCCUGAAGACACUUCGACCUUCUCCGUCUGGUUUAUGAGACAAGAGCUGAAACAAAACCAAUAAAAUGUCUUUAAAACUGUGAA